GAGCCCCAUUUCUCAAGGCGGGAAGGAUUACUCCUGUGAUGAUGUUGAUAUGUGGAUCCAUGCCGCUAUCAAAGCGUAGAGCCCGCGUCAUCCAGCUCGUCGGGCAUCCAGAGGACGAAUGCUACACUCAUUUCCUGCGCGUCAACAUUGUGUCCUGCCACCUCAAAGUCCUGAUGCUAUCGGAAUCGUGGUUGAAUGACAGGACGCUAAGACAGCUCUCUACUCGGUGCCCUUCUUUGGAAGUCCUGGAUCUCAAAGAGUGCUGUCUGGAAGGCCGUGAGAUAUCAUCUGCCUCGCUCAGGAGCUUAACCAUUGACAAAUGCAUGAUUAAAGAGGGUCUCACCAUUGCUGCUCCAAACCUUGUAUCGCUGCGCUGCGUCAAGCCGUACCACCAAGCUCCCUUGUUCCAGAAAAUGGGAUCAAUUGCCACGGCUACUAUCGUGCUUGAUGACUCUUUCUUGCAUGUUGAUUAUAAACACAAGUGUGAAUCCAUCCACAGUUCUCCACCACAUGAUGAAGGCAGUGACAGUGACUGUUCACCUGAAGAUGAUCCUCGCUACUGUAGUGAUUCCUGUAGUGAUGCAAGUACUUGUCAAUACAGUGAGGUCCUAACUUAUAGCGAGGAUGAACAGGGCCAAGAUCACUGCAAAUGCAAUUACGGCCCAUAUUGGAUCCGUCGUGGCUCUGGUCGUCAAAACAGAUAUGAAAUUUUAGGUGGCCACAAUGCUCUUGGCAGCCUAUCAAAUGCUACAAGUUUGGAGCUAUUAGGUGAUGCUGGGGAGGUGAUUCUGAACAGGGAACUGAAAACAUGCCCAGUUUUUAGCAAUCUGAAGACAUUGUCCCUUGGUGAAUGGUGUAUGACUGCUCACUUUGAUUCUUUAGUUUCCUUCCUACAGCAUUCCCCUAAUCUGGAGAGGCUUUUUCUUGAACUUAAAAUGUAUGACGAUCCCGAUGAGGAAAUGUAAGACAACUGGCUAGUGGGAAGAUCAUUUGCUUGUACACACCUUAAAAUGGUGAAAAUCAAAUGUUCGGAGUAUGAAACAAGAGUCCAUUUGUUGGCAGAGUUGUUCAGGUCCAAUGGUGUAUCUUCUGAGAAAAUAUACGUCCGUAAGCAGAGCACCUGCCACUACAUCAAACCAUUUUAGAAUGAAGAUAGAGGGAGUUUGCCAUGCCGGAACUGCUGUUCUUGAAUGUGAUGGUCACGUUUAUCAUUGUGGGCAAGGAAGUACGUUUUUUGUGCCACACUGACGGACGAAAUGCCAGCAGAUCUGUUAUGGAUGGCCGUACCUCUUUAUUAAUGGAAUGAUUCAUGUAAGAAACAAAUGGGAUAUAAUAGUAGCUAAAGGUUUUAGUUUGUGGACUUGUGGUGAUUGCAGACUUGCAGUAAGAAAUAGUGGACUUGUACAACAGGCUUUUGUGCUGUUUUAGUUUGUGUUAUGUUUGGAGCAUUGCCGGUGUCCGAGAAGCUUGCAGCGUGAUUGUAACACUUUGUGUCUGGGGAUGGUAGCAGGGAGCACUCAGCUGCCCGUUAGACUACUACUCAUACCGUAAAUCUGAACCUCGAAGUAACAUGCAUUGUGGUCUGAA